AUGACAACUUUCCGUCCACGUAUCGCUAUCACGCUCGGCGAUCCAGCAGGUGUCGGGCCUGAACUCGCUGCCAAGCUACUCGCAGACCCUAAGAAUAGAGCAAGAGCCGACCUACUUGUACUUUCCGACAGAUCUGAAGUCGAGGCAGCUGCUUCGGUUGCUAACGUGACAAUCCCCAUCUCCGAAGUCGCGGGACCAGAGAGUGUCAAAGUACUUGAUGAUGGAACCGCGCCCAUUAUUUCGAUUGAGCGAGGCAAAGUGUCAAAAGAAGCCGGCCAGCGGACAUUCCAUCAACUGAAACGCGCCGUUGCGAUGGUCAAUCGUGAUGAAGCAGAUGCUAUCGUCUUCACACCAUUGAACAAGACAUCGCUGCACAUGGCCGGCAUGCACGAAGAGGACGAGUUGAGGUGGUUUGCUAUGCAGCUCAAUCAUGAGGGUGCCACUAGUGAAGUGAAUAUUAUUCCAGGUUUGUGGACUGCUCGGGUAACGAGCCAUGUGGCCAUCAAGGACGUGUCGUCAAGAAUCUCGAAGUCCACUGUCUUUAAUGCGGUUGACCUUCUGAAUAAUUUGCUGACGGACUUUGGCAUCAAGAACCCACGUCUUGGGGUUUGUGCGCUCAACCCACACAACGGCGAGAACGGGCUAUUUGGGCGCGAGGAAAUUGAUUCGAUUAGGCCAGGCGUUGAAAUGGCUCAAUCAAGAGGAAUUGAUGUGAAAGGUCCUUUCCCUUCUGACACCAUCUUCGUCAGCCGAUCAAAUUAUGAUGGUAUCAUCACCAUGUACCACGACCAAGGACAGAUUGCCCUCAAGGUCAUUGGUUUUGAUGGUGGAGUGACUGUCCAAGGAGGCUUGCCGGUAGUGAUAGCCACACCUGCCCAUGGCACGGCAUUUGACAUCGCGGGCAAGAACAUCGCGAGCACGAAAAGCAGCCAAAACGCAUUAGAUGUUGCAAUUGCGGUGGCGAGCAAGAAGGCCGAAAGAAGGUAUACUGCGGCAAAGAUGCAGAGUUCGCAUGCUACUAAUGGCGUUACCACACACUAUUAG